AUGAUCAUGAAGCUGAGAGGUUCCACGACCCCUGGCUUCUGCAUCUCACGAUGGCACUGGGAAUUCGGACCAUUCGGAAAUGCCCCUUUAAACUGUCAUUAUUCUCUUCCCCUCGUAAUAUCCUUCAUUCGGGCCGCCAUUCAACCUCCAUCCCCCCCAAAGGCUAUCAUGAAGCGCCAGCACAAGCCUCUAGUUGAGCACAAGAUCACAUCGCUCUUCUGUGUCCUUUUCCUCACGGCUACAUUUGUCCUCCUUCUACUCGUCGGUCUCUCUUUGACCAUCAUCAAACCUAUCUACAUUAUCCGCGUGUUUUCGAUAAGGACGGGGCAGCCAGCUACUAGUCUCGCAACGGAGUUGAGGUUUGGCGUUUGGGGUGUUUGUGCUUCCAGUGCGCUUGAUGCACCCACCGCAUUCGAAAACGAUGGCCCGUGUUUCGGACCCCAGCUCGGAUAUGCCUCUUUCACCGAUCUCAUUCCCGAGGAUUUCCUCCAACAUUUUGGGUUGACGGACGGCAUCGUGAAUACUGUCCUCAAGGGGCUCUUGACCAUCCUCGUUCUACACUUGGUAGCCGCAGGGUUCUCUCUAUUCGGCCUCGUCACUGCAUUAUUCCUCGCCUCUCAUACCCUCACGAUUUUAUCUCUCGUCUUGACUAUCAUCACGUCCUUGCUCACCACCAUCGUGUUCGCGAUAGACUUGGUCAUUAUUGUUGCCACGAAAUCACAGCUCCCCAAGCUGACGAAUAAUGGUGUCGCUGUUGGGACUGGAAAUGCGGUUUGGAUGGUGCUUGGGGCAUUAAUUGCAACGUGGCUUGCGGUGAUAUUCUUGUCGGCGAGGGCUUGCUAUUGUUGUGGAGUAAGGAGGAAAGGCCUGGACACGUACUGA